AUGAAGCUUUCUUCUAUAGUUGUCCUGAUCAUCCUAUCCGUUGGUUUCUUCACCGACUGUGUGCCUCUGGCAGAAGCCAAAUCGACGAAAGGAAGAAAUCGUAAAAGAAAGAAGGGCGGUCGCAACAGCAGCAGCGACGACGGUGGUUUUCAACAAAUCUAUGACAGCCCAAUGGAGGCCUUCUUAGGCCAGCUCGCCGCAACCGCUACUGGCGAUCCGGCCAAGAUAUUGGCCAACAUUGCCACCGAUGCCGAGUUUAAGAUCUUUCUCGGCCAGUCGGAGGACCCGAGUGUCGACAGCCAAUUAUUCGAACUUCGAGGCCCAGAGGGAUUUUUUGAGUUCCUCGAUGUUGUGGGGUCGGUCGUCGACCCCGCGUUGAUUUUGGAUUUGUCGACGGAUCUUGUCCUGGAGUCUAUUGACACGGACAAUGUUCGCAACAUUAUGCGCGUUAAGAGCUGCCUGGAAUGCGGCCUGGUUCAUUUCAUGAACAUUAUCACGUACAACGAAAAGUACCAGCUGUCGGCGGCCAACCUAUACCUGUCGGUCGCGGCCGUCUAA